AUGCACCUUCAGCUGGGUCUCUCUCAGCCCAUAGACCCGACGUACGACGCUUGGGUGUACGAAAGAUCCACGCCAUUACUCGUCCUCGCCUCGUUCGUGCAGUUCCUACGUCACGUGAUUGCCACAUUCCGGGCUAAUCGUCCUGACUCCCAUUGGAGCCAAUACCAUCGAGACUGCUGUCCUUGCCUUGUCAAUUACGACUUCGUCACGAGGGUGGAGACGCUGACGGAGGACCUGGAACGCGUCUUCAAGGUCUUGGGAAUUCCCUCAGAUCCUUCCGUGUCCAUGAACCAGAAUCGCAAGGACUUGGGCGAUCCUUAUAAGGACCUGAGGUACUACCGAGACGUCCCGCUUGAGAUUCGGAAUGAGCUCUUUCCCUUCAUCAAGACGGAUCUGGAGAUGUUUGGAUACAAGCUCCCUGCUGGCUUCUUGAAUACUACUGUCAACUGAGAGUCUUUUGAUUAAAUUCCU